AUAAUCAAAUCUGAUGUUGAAUGAUGGAGACGAAGUUUAUCAUCCUCCAAGUUCAGGAUCUUUUCUUGUGCCUCAUUUACCACUAAUAGAAGAAGCAAGAAAGAAAGGUAUUAAGCAUUUUGGACAUGAACAUCCCUUGACGUGGUUCAUGGAAGAUGUUAGAAAUGGAUUUGAAGAUGAAGAUGUAAUGUGUUGCAAUGGUUGUGCCAUUGAAAUUGGAAGAAGUGGGUUCAUAUGUUGUAUAGAAACAUGCAUUGGUUAUAAUCUUCACGAACUUUGUGCAUCUUUACCCAAAGAGAUGAAGGACCAUCCACAACACCCACAACAUCCUUUGAUCCUCUGCACAAACUCACCUUAUCCCAGCUCUAGUUUCCGAUGUGGUGUUUGCAAAAAUGGCUCCUGGUUAGUGGAGCCAUUUUGUUAUCACUGUGAGGUUUGCAAUUUUGAUGUGGAUCUAAGAUGCGCAUCCAUGUCCUUUCUUGUUUGUCCUCGCACUCUGCACCACCACGAAUUGACCGCUCACCUACACCCCGCAUCAUUUUUAUGUAGUUUUUGUGGUGAGAAACAUGAAGAAUUAGGUAUGUCCUAUCACUGCAAAAUUUGUUGGUUCUGGAUCAACGACCAAUGCUAUUCACUGUCUCAAAGUAUUGAACAUGACAGUCAUGUGCAUCCGCUUAAGUUAUGUCAUCUACAGGGAGAAGAUUUACCCAAGUGUCUAUGCGGAGUUUGUGAGGAAAAUAUAAGCAACCAAUUGGGUUUCUAUGUUUGUAAGAGUUGUAAAUACUAUCUUCACAUCAAUUGCUCAACUAAGAAAUGGGAUCCUCCAAUAAUUGAGACAUUCGAAGAAGAUCAAAUAAAUGACAAAUUGAUUCAAUUUCCGUUGCCAUCGAUUGAGGUAGUACAUAACACACUAGCCCAAUUUAUUAAAAAUAUAUGUCAAUGGAAGGAAGAGGAAGAGGAAGAGGAAGAGGAAGAUAAUAUCCUAAAUCACCCCAGCCAUGAUCAUCCACUUACCCUUGAGUUUGAUUUAAGCAAGAUUACAAACUUUAGUACAAUUAGUAGAUAUGACUAUGAAGUCUGCAAUGGAUGCAUGCUUCCUCUAUUGAAUGAUGCACCAUAUUAUAGCUGCAACCUGUCGACAUGCAAUUUCGUUUUACACAAAUGGUGUGCUAAAUUGCCGCGUGAGUUAAAGCACCCGGCUCACUCAGACACGGGACACACACUAAUACUGGAUGAAUGCAUUGGCUUCUUUUGCUGCAAAGGUUGUCAGAUUAUAGGGAAAGGGUUUGCCUACAAAUGCAAUGAAUGUGAAAGCUACUACUUGGACGUUAGAUGCGCUGCACUUCCCAGACUAGUCAAUCACGAGACUCACGAACACACUCUCCUUCUUAGGUAUGGGAGAUCCAUCGGAGGCUGCUUCUUAUGUGGUGAUAGCAAUUUCUUUGAAAACUACAAAAGUAUGAAUAUCUCUACCCUAUCAUCGUGUCCGACCUCCUUCACAUUUGGUUGUGAUGCUUGUAAUUUUAGCAUUCAUCCCAGUUGUUUGAUAUCUCCACAAGAAGUUGUUCAUUGGUACGACGAACAUGUAUUCAAAUUGACAGAUCCAACUGAUGUUUUCAUUAGUAAUGAUAAUCAAGGUGCAUCAGAAUAUCAUUGUGAAUUUUGUGAAAAGAAAAUAGAUCCAGAAAGAUGGAUGUACCACUGUUUUGAAUGUGACCAGUGUGUUGAUGCUGAUUGUGUGCGAGAGUUGUUCGGUCUAUUUCCAAAUCCUAUCAAGUUUGGCGGACUCUAUGAUUCUCCACGUCAUAAAGAACAUCCCCUAACCUACAUUAUGACUGACAAUGUUUUUUUGUGUAAUUGUUGCAAUAUAACAUUAGUAUUUGGAAUUGGCUUUAAAUGUAUAGAAUGCGAAAUUAUGUUUUGUGAAAUGUGCUUUAUUAAAGGAAUAAUUUUAUUAUAA